AUGAUUACGGAGAAUCCGGGUGGUAACAGCGUCAGUGUGUUACUAGGCAAUGGAAACGGGACAUUCCAGGCUAAGCAGGACUAUGCUGUCGGAACUCAACCGUACUCGGUUUUUUCAAUUGAUGUUAAUCAGGAUUCAAAAAUCGAUAUGAUUACGGCGAAUGCGGGUGGUAACAGCGUCAGUGUGUUACUAGGCAAUGGAAACGGGACAUUCCAGGCUAAGCAGGACUAUGCUGUCGGAACUGGACCGACUUGCGUUUUUUCAAUUGAUGUUAAUCAGGAUUCAAAAAUCGAUAUGAUUACGGCGAAUCCGGGUGGUAACAGCGUCAGUGUGUUACUAGGCAAUGGAAACGGGACAUUCCAGGUUAAGCAGGACUAUGCUGUCGGAACUCAACCAACUUCCGUUUUUUCAAUUGAUGUUAAUCAGGAUUCAAAAAUCGAUAUGAUUACGGCGAAUUAUGCGGACAACAGCGUCAGUGUGUUACUAGGCAAUGGAAACGGGACAUUCCAGGCUAAGCAGGACUAUGCUGUUGGAACUGAACCAACUUCCGUUUCUUCAAUUGAUGUUAAUCAAGAUUCGAAAAUCGAUCUGAUUACGGCAAAUUAUGCGGCCAACAGCGUCGAGGCUAAAAACCGAAAUAUAAAGACGACCGAUAAUUUCAGUUGA